AUAUGAUUAUCCAGUCCUCAACUCGCAGACUACGGUAUCGGCCAUUUUAGCGGAGACCAUGUACAUGUGAAUUGCUAUAGCAGUCUCCACUAGCAUGGGGUCCAUGAGUCUGUUUCGUUAAUGACGUCACUUCCACCAUUUCAUUUCCGGUUCAAGGGCAGCGUGUGUGCCUGUGUGCUCCAUGCUGGGAAGGAUAGUUUAAUAUAAGCAAAGGCUGCUGGGUCAGUAUGGCGUUUUCCAACAUAUUUAACACCUUAUUUUAUAGACUAUUAUUUGUUGUUGGAAACUCCAAGGCACUCAAUUCCUAAACACAGUAGUUAAACACGGCAUACUUCGAAAUAGAUCAGCCAAAACGUCACAAAGUGACUGAAAUGCCAAUUUACCAAUAUGUAUAUAUUUAUUUUUAUACACAUCUAUGAUGUUCACGUUAAUACAAGAUUUGAGUGAAUGGUUUGACAGCUGCCAGUGUGUUUUUAUGGUUCUUAUUGAUGACAAUCACUUUUAUUUUUUUGUAGAUAACUGGAAAUGGGCAAAUUAAAAAAACGAUAUAACUGGAAAGCAAGACAGCAGACUCAGACCACAGAAGUCAUUUCAGAGGAAACCAAACAAAAUGUGGAAGUUACUAUUGAAGGUACGUUUUACCCUGAAAACAUUCAGCUGAUCCACAUUUGGAGGUGGAAUUUAAAAUGUCUUGGUGCAAUAAUAUCUAUAUAUUGAACUACUGCAUGUCUUCAGGUCUUAAUGAGAUAUAAAAAAAAAAAUGUAUUUAUUUUUUUUGCUGGGAUGAAUAUGUGGUUAUACAGUACUAUGCUUAAUGGUUUCAAAGCGCACUGUCCAAAAGGUACAUUGGCCAAAUGUAGAUCAGGGGUGCCCAAAAGUUAGAUCCCAGAUGUUUUAAAACUACAGCUUCCUGGAUGCUUUGCCAUUCCAAAGGCAUGCAAAGCACCAUGGGAGUUGAAGUUGUACAACAUCUGGGCGUCUCCCUUUUGGGCACCUUUGAUGAAGAUAGAUCUACAGUGCCCAUUGAUGCUAUUACUGCUUCUACAGUGGCUAACUGUGUGUAUGUAUGUGUGUGUGUGUGUGUGUGUGUGUGUAUGUAUGUGUGUGUGUGUGUGUAUAUAUAUAUAUAUAUAUAUAUAUAUAUAUAUAUAUAUAUAUAUAUAUAUAUAUAUAAAAAUUAUUUUUUUAACUUUUGAGUAGUAUGGUAAUAAGGCUGACAAAUCUAGUACUCAACAACUCAUUUUUGUGUUUAAUCCAUCAAGGAAUUAUAGUGACUGUACAGCCCACAGUUUGAUACUUCAAUAACGUAACUAUGCAUGUUUGUAUCUGUAGAUGUGAUAUACAUGAUGCUAAUUUUCGCUAGCCAUGUAAAACACAUCUACAGAUACAAUAAUUCAAACUUGGCAAGUGUAACAUGGCAUCACCAUUGCCUGUCCAGAUAAUGUCUGUGGCCAUCAAAAAUAACCUAAAACAAUAAAGCAGUCACUGGCAGCUUAAAGCUUUGUUCAGAUUUUAGAAGUAUAUUAUAAGUCAAGAAAGUUUGGCCUCUUUGAUUAAGAAUUGUGUCCGUUAAUUCAGUACAAAAAAUAGAUGCUAAUCACACACCAUAAUUUUAUUGCAGGAGUUAAACAACUAAAAGGAGUGGAUGAAAGCAAUGCUUUAGUUUUACCAUCAAAAAAGGCCAAACGGAAAAAAGUUGGUGACUGUGGUCAUGUAAAGAAGCCGCUUAGUCGAAAACAGAAGAAAAUACUACAGAAAAUUGUGGAGCAAAAAGAAAAGAAAACAAAGGUUUGGAAAAUCUAAUGUUGUCCAAUUCAUUAUGGUGUGUGCUUUUAUUUUAAAGUGUUGUAUAUUGAAAACAUCGCAUGAGGGUUUAAUCACUAAAGAUUAGUGAUGUGCCGAGCGGUUCGCCGCGGACUCAUCAUUGAGUAAACUUUGACCCUAUAUCUCACAGUCAGCAGACACAUUCCAGCCAAUCAGCAGCAGACCCUCCCACCUCCUGGACAGCAUCCAUUUUGAAGCUGCAUUCUUAGUAAGCUGUCCAGGAGGUGGGAGGGUCUGCUGCUGAUUGGCUGGAAUGUGUCUGCUGACUGUGAGGUACAGGGUCAAAGUUUACUCAAUGAUGAGUCCGCGGCGAACCGUUCAGGACAUCACUACUAAAGAUACAUAAUGCAGAUGAAUGUACAGCUAUGGAAGUGGUUCAGUUUGGAAAUUUAUAUAUUUGCUUUUUUUUUUUUUUUUUGCUGAAAUAAACUGUAUUUUAUAACUAAAAUAUUGCCAAAAUAAAAUAGUUGGGCGAAAAAAAAAAAAGAGAUCAAUACAAAACUGUUGUAGGAAUUCCUAUAAUAGUUAGAAAACAGUGUACCCGAUAACAGAAGGGAAGUUGAUAUAACUUCUCUCUCUGUGUGUAGAGGGUAAAUGUUUAAACAAAAAAAAAAUAGCAACUCUCCUCCUGUGUAAAUUUUCUUCAGCUUACGUACAUGUUAAAAACCACCAAUUUGUAUCAAAUUAGGUAAAACUUUAUGCUGUUGUUUAAUAUCCAGCAACACCCAAAAAAUUGCCCAAUUGCAUGGACAAAAUUAGCAAAAACUAUAAUGCAAAUAACAAGUUUGGUGAAUGCAAAAAAAGGAAACAAGCAAGAAUGUGUCUUAUAGAUCUGAAACAUAUCCAGAACAGUAUAGGAAAUUUGCGCUAUAUGAUGGUCGUUUUUUUUUAUUUAUUUUUUUUUUUUUUUAACAAGUGUUGAGAGAUAUUACACUUUUGGAUUUUAUUUGUACCUCAACACUGUACCCUCCUCCUACCCAGUGAUAGAGAUUUGAAUGAGACCCAACAAAGCCCCCCUUGCAUUUCUUAAUGCAUGUGCAGGAAAUUACAGGUAUUUUUUCCUAUGUGGGGGCGUUAUAUGUACCCCAUGCUGUUUAUUCAGCACCCUGUGCUAUUGGAUUGUUGGUGUAUGCAACAAUAUGAGAGGUGAGAGGCUCCUGCUGGAAAACAAAGGCUCAUGGGAAUAUUUACAGUUGGCACAAUUAAUUUAUUUUUAAAAUUACCUUUAAAUUACAGGGUUAUUUAAUAAAGUGAGCAUUUGAAUUGGAUAUCAGAGAAGCAGAACUUAAAUCAUUGGUGACAGAAAAUGUUGUUCAAGUUUGGCUAUUUUGAUCUUUAAAUUUCAAAUUCACUUUGAUUUUUCACUUUAGUGAAUAACUCUAUUAAUGUAUUAGUGGAAGGUUUUGGAAAGGUCCCUACUCACAUGCACCAUUAUAUCAAGUGUUUGUGAGUCAGAGAGAUAUGUAAGCUGAUAAAAACUCAAGUUGAAUGGGUCUCCAUUGCACAGGUGAAGCUAGUGCUGUAACAGUAAAUCAUUUGCGUUGGUGUCAGUUGUCUGUAGUUAUAUAAUGUUCCUGUUUAAUCCAGUUGGGACCACUGAACAUUUCCUUGGGAGUUUUUGGUCCUAAUACAGGGUUUAAGAACCUCUAGUGCAAGCCAUAUGGUGUAUAUCAUAUUAUGAAAUAAGUUGGAUUUGCUGUGCUGACAAGUAUUUAUUUUCUUUAUUAGCGAGCUGAUAUUCUCAGUAAACUAAGUGAGGUCCAGGUUUCAGAGAAGGAGCUAAGUUUGUUGUAUACAACAUCCAAGCUGGGAACAGGAGAUCGCUUGUACAGUACUAAACGGUGAGUUUUACUAGCGAGACAUUUUCUACCUUUCUUUCUUUUUUUUUUCUUUCUAUUUUAGUUUUUGAAUGAACUCUCCAGGAUAAAUCUUGACUUGCAAUAGCUGCAGAUCUGUUAUCUGCAGCUACUGCAAGUUGCCCCAGUCGUUUUUUUAUUUUCAUAACAGACAUUAUGUGGCUGUCCAAUACAGAAGUAUGGGCAAUUGCCUGCCUCUUGAGUUUAACUCCACAGAGCUAAAACUACCUGGAAGUAACAGGACCAGCUGUGUAAUUGAUGCAAUGUGUAAUAAGGUUCCUUUAUAAAAGAGCAGAUUUUUAUUCAAAUCUGUACUUUUAUAACAUGAAAAAAAGACACUUUAAAGCGUGCUUGUCAUGGUGCACAUAACGUAUGCUCAUUUAUAAGCGCACAAAAUCCCAUCUCUACAUUGUGCUAAACAGAAUUUUUAACAAAUGUGUGGAUGUGGAAAAAAAAAAUCUUCUUUUUAAAAUGGAUUUUACUCAACCUUUCAGUCACUUCCUCAGCAUAGACUCUAUGUUAAGGAAUUGACUUGCUGGGAGAGCAGGAUUGGGAUCUUUCAGGUGAUCCUCAUUCUUUCCAGCAUAGUAACUACAGAGCAUGCCAUGUGGUUGCUGUGAUUAUUCCUUAGAGGAGUAUAGGGAUUAUAUGACUGACAACACUUCAUUGAGAUGUCAGCAUGCUGGAAAUAAAUAAGCAUUCCCAAGCAGGGCAAAGCAAAUCGUAGUGUGGGUGUUUUUUUUAGCAGUGUAAGACUCACAAAGCUGGAGACAUAGUGGCACUGGACUGGAGGGUAGUUAUAGGAACACUAUGGGCAUUAUAACUACUUCAUCACAGUUGAUAUGAUAGCUGUAUGGUUCACUUUUGAACUGUGUACUUACAAUUUAAAGGUAUACAACAUCCAACCUGGAUACCGGAGAUCACUUAAAUGGUUUUACUAUCUAGGCAGUUUGGUUUUUUGGCAUUCUUUUCGCUCAGAUUAUUAUGAUCAUUUCAAAGAUAUGAAGUGGUUAUGAUAUAUCAACAUUUUUAAUUGAUCAUAUCAUUUAUCUCCAUUGGAAACUAUAUAUUAGUCUUUUGGAAGGGAUUUAUGUUAAAGUGAAUUCGUCAUCUCGGGUACACUUGAAACAUGAAUAUUGCAAAUGCCUCCAUGUAUAAUUGUUUAUUCACUGUUGAUUGUUAACUGCACUCUAUUUAACAAUAUGCAUAUAUUAUGCUGACUUUUUUUAUAUGACCACUCCUGCCCGAAAGUACUGUUAUUAAUUAUUACUAUUAUCUAGACUUUUUGUUUAUUAUAUAAUGAUAUGGGUGUAAAGAAAUAACAGCUUUUGCUAUAGAUAAAUAUUGGUAUUCAAUAUCUCUCUUGACUUGCUAAUAUUUACUGUUAAAUUAUUCUGUAUUCCAAUUACCAUGAACCUGUCCACAGCAGCCUAUUUGCGUGUAUACACUGAACUCAAUUUUUGGCUCUUGUAUGUUGGGAACUUCUGAAAUUGCACAGUCAUUUGUUUUCAUUUAGUAGUAUUUUAGGAAUUAUAUUUUGGAGGUGUCACCAGCACCAUUUUUUUCCUAAAUAGGUCAUUGCAGUUUGCCACUUGAUUUUUUGUAUUUUCUAUGGCGUGUAUGAGUUGUAGGUUUUUCUGUUCUUUUUGAUUUAGGACUCUUGAUGACAGUAGCCCUGGAUGUGGUCGGAUCAGCAGCAUUAGUGGUGUCAACAAAAGAUCUAGACUGACAUCAGAAGCAGAAGAUGAUGAACAAGAAUUGGAGACUUCAGAGCCCUCUGUCAGCUCUGGUGAAGAAGAGGACAAUGACUCUGAGGAUGGAAAUGAUGUUGUAGAGGACAGUACUACAGAAAAGCCUAAUACCUCAAGUACUUUGAAGAACAUUAAUACAGAGCCUAAGCAAAUGGAAACUAAAAGUUUGAGCAUGCCAAAGCCUUCUGAACCACCUUCUUCAACUCCAGCAAUAUUCAUCCCAGUAGACAGAACUUCUGAAAUUCAGGUUUGUUUUCAUUCUAUGAUUGAAUUGCAUAUAUGAUCUAGUUGUAGUCUUCAAAUAAUGGCCACAUUUUGAGGCGAGAUUCCCAUGCAGACAGAGAAUUAUCUUUAAUUCUCGAACAAUGUGUGUUUGAUCUUAAAUCAGUAAUCAAUCAAAUCUCCCUCAAUUAUUUUACUUCAAAAUUAGAAACAGAUGAAGAUGUGAAUACAACACAGUCAUUGGUGUAUACUUUUCAAAUGUGAAUCAGAGGAGCAAAAAAAAAGGACAUGUAUCCUGCACAUACAGAUUCCUACCACCAUGACCACUUCUAAAAGCAGAAGUGGUCAUGGAAGUUGUAGUACCCUUUUAACAGCAAGCUUAUGUUUAUGGUAAAUUCAGGACUGCAUACUUGUCCUCCUCUUUUCUUCCUUUAAACCUGUUGAUAGCUGUGACACUACCUGGGUUUGUAUCUAUCCGUAACCUGCUCAAUGGAAUAUCUGUACAAAACAAAUGGUAUGCACAAAUAGUGAUACAAAUAGAUUGCUCUAAAACACCCGUGUAGGAUCCCCUAUACCAACACUGUUAAAUACAUACAGAACAGGAAAAAAUGGAUGGAGCAAUAUUAGUCCUCUCUUCUCGACUUGUAGUUCUGUGGAGACAGAGAGGUACACACAAUAGUGCAGAUGGCUAUAGACAGGUGUGGCUAGGUGAUAGAUGAAAACACUCACAAACGUAGAGCCAAUUGGACCUGGCUCUGGUAUCAAGGCCUCAGGAUCUUUUGGGGGUGAUCCAAAUCCCUCUGGAGGUGUUCUGGAUGUCCAAGGAUACUUUCUUGUUCCACCAUAAACAGCAAGGGAUUCAAUUAGAUGUAAAGUAAAAUAUAAUUUAUUAAUACAUAUAUAGGAAAGAUAAGUGUGAAAUAACAGCCAAAACGCGUUUCGCCUCUUGGGCUUCCUCAGUUGGCUGUGUACUAGUCUCUAAGUCCUUCUCUGCCUUUAAACGUUGGUUUCGCGGUCUUUUUCAGCGUGGAACGCACCUUGCGUUCCAUCUUCCAAUCGUUGGUUACUUCCGGGUUCUGUAAAUGCGGACAAUCACGUGGGGCGGUCUUUUCGUAGGUGGAACGCAUCUUGCGUUCCAUUCUCCGAUCUGUGUUUACUUCCUGGCUUCGGUCAUGUGUGUCAUCACGUGUAUAGCGUUUCGUGCACGUGAUAUCUAAUUUGCAUUGUGGAAUACUCUUUCGAUGGAUAUUCCUCUCGGGCUAAUAAUUAAAUAAUAAGUUCACUAACAUAUUAAUGUGAUAAUCACUGUAUACUAAUUGACCAUUAUAAAUGUAAAUAUACCUGGGUACAUGACAAGAUAAAUGGAUAUAUUAACAGACUCUUUGUGGUGACAAAACACUUAGUUUUAAAAUAUACAAUUGGAUAGCUAAGUUCUUAAAGUGACGGUGCAUGAUUCUAAACAUAACCUAAUCAGUAUUUAGGAAUGCAAUUGUUUGGGAAAGGGAAGAAAAAGAAAGAGAAAGUAAUGUUAAUGGAUCAUUUGAAACAGAAUUUUACCAUGGAGAUAUAUAUACAUUAUACCCUUAUUUCCUCAGAUUUGUAAAGUGACAGUGUGCAAUUACUUUUAAUGUAAACUCAGCUCAUAAGUGGCUUGAUGCUUGUGUGCUUAAAGUGGCAAUGCUUUUAUGAUGUUCUGAAAAAUAUUGUUAUACAUGGUCUUGCAAGAUCUUGGUUUAAUCUUAUAUUAAUCUCUAAAUAAAUACAUAUAUUUACGACUAAUGGAUGGUUAAAAAAGGGGGGAACUAUAAAAAGUGGCAUAAUUCGAAAUCUUGAUCAAGGCCGUGUGGGAUAAGCGUUUUAAAAUUAUAAAUAAAUUUCAUCUCUUCUUCUCCUAUUUUUCUAUUAAAAUCUCCUCCCCUCCAAUCUUUUUGUACCAAUUUGAAGGCGCAAAAGAACAUGUUUUUUGGUUCACUAUUGUGGUGUAUCUUAAAAUGAUUCGAUACGCUGUGCGUUUCUAAACCCUUUUUGAUGUUUCUUACAUGUUCUGCAAUCCUGACAUGUAGGCUUCUAAUAGUUCUGCCUACAUACAUCAGACCACACGGGCAUCUAAGAGUAUAAAUGACAUUUUUUGAAAAACAUGUUAAUAGAUUAUUAAUUGUGAAUUUUUUAUCUUUUUGGUAGUUGAAGGAGGUGAUAUGUCUUUUACUCUACUAAUAGAAAAAUAGGAGAAGAAGAGAUGAAAUUUAUUUAUAAUUUUAAAACGCUUAUCCCACACGGCCUUAAUCAAGAUUUCGAAUUAUGCCACUUUUUAUAGUUCCCCCCUUUUUUAACCAUCCAUUAGUCGUAAAUAUAUGUAUUUAUUUAGAGAUUAAUAUAAGAUUAAACCAAGAUCUUGCAAGACCAUGUAUAACAAUAUUUUUCAGAACAUCAUAAAAGCAUUGCCACUUUAAGCACACAAGCAUCAAGCCACUUAUGAGCUGAGUUUACAUUAAAAGUAAUUGCACACUGUCACUUUACAAAUCUGAGGAAAUAAGGGUAUAAUGUGUAUAUAUAUCUCCAUGGUAAAAUUCUGUUUCAAAUGAUCCAUUAACAUGACUUUCUCUUUCUUUUUCUUCCCUUUCUCUUUUUCUUGUUUAAAAUUGAAGCCCUGUGUAGAACAGCCUUUUUGAGCCAAACAAUUGCAUUCCUAAAUACUGAUUAGGUUAUGUUUAGAAUCAUGCACCGUCACUUUAAGAACUUAGCUAUCCAAUUGUAUAUUUUAAAACUAAGUGUUUUGUCACCACAAAGAGUCUGUUAAUAUAUCCAUUUAUCUUGUCAUGUACCCAGGUAUAUUUACAUUUAUAAUGGUCAAUUAGUAUACAGUGAUUAUCACAUUAAUAUGUUAGUGAACUUAUUAUUUAAUUAUUAGCCCGAGAGGAAUAUCCAUCGAAAGAGUAUUCCACAAUGCAAAUUAGAUAUCACGUGCACGAAACGCUAUACACGUGAUGACACACAUGACCGAAGCCAGGAAGUAAACACAGAUCGGAGAAUGGAACGCAAGAUGCGUUCCACCUACGAAAAGACCGCCCCACGUGAUUGUCCGCAUUUACAGAACCCGGAAGUAACCAACGAUUGGAAGAUGGAACGCAAGGUGCGUUCCACGCUGAAAAAGACCGCGAAACCAACGUUUAAAGGCAGAGAAGGACUUAGAGACUAGUACACAGCCAACUGAGGAAGCCCAAGAGGCGAAACGCGUUUUGGCUGUUAUUUCACACUUAUCUUUCCUAUAUAUGUAUUAAUAAAUUAUAUUUUACUUUACAUCUAAUUGAAUCCCUUGCUGUUUAUGGUGGAACAAGAAAGUAUCCUUGGACAUCCAGAACACCUCCAGAGGGAUUUGGAUCACCCCCAAAAGAUCCUGAGGCCUUGAUACCAGAGCCAGGUCCAAUUGGCUCUACGUUUGUGAGUGUUUUCAUCUAUCACCUAGCCACACCUGUCUAUAGCCAUCUGCACUAUUGUGUGUACCUCUCUGUCUCCACAGAACUACAAGUCGAGAAGAGAGGACUAAUAUUGCUCCAUCCAUUUUUUCCUGUUUUCAAUGGAAUAUCUAGCUUCUGAGAAGUGAUCUAAACAUGUUCUUCUAAAUCCGCUUUAGAAACCGACAAUUACUAAUUGGAACAUUGUAGUUAAAGCCCUAACUAAAUGAUUGAAACAAAGUAGUACUUUUUAUGUAUACGUUUGAAUUGGAGCACAUUGCUCAUUUAGAACUUGUUGAAAAAAAUAGUUUUUAUACAGAGGUCCAUUUUAACAUCUGAAAAGAAUGGAAACACAUGAGAUGACCAUAACAACAAGCUAGCAUGUGAAAUACAAUCAAUGGCAGGGCAAAAGGAAAAUAUAAAAGGACCACAAGUAGGCAUAUGUAAUUCUCUAUUUGGCUUUGGGAGUCAUGGAGGGAAGAACUGAUAUAGGCAAUCAGUUGUUAUAUCUAUUUGCAAAUACAUUUUAAAAUAGGAAAUUGCUGUGAUAUUUUCUUGAGGGAUGGCAAAACAAUGCAGUUCAAGCCAGUGUUAACCAAAUAGAUGGCAGUAUGCAUAAACACUAGUUUCUGUCUCAUAACCUCUUACUAGUUUCUCAACAUCCAAAAUGCUUCAUUACCUGCAAUUUGGUUUAGCAAUACAUCAGGGUACAACACCUCCUCGGCUUUAGGAAUAUUGCCUAUCUGCUUAUUUUUGAGUGCUUUCUUUAUUUGCUGAGGCGUGGAGUUGCUAAAACUGUAAGGCUCACAUUCUGAUUUAUAAUAUAAAAUGGUGUACAUCUUUGGCAUUUGUUUUAUUGAAACUAAAAUCAUUGAAGGACUUCUCCUUUCCAUAUAAUGAAAUACAGAUAAACAGGAGUUUGGUAUUGGGAUCAUGUUGAUGGUCCAAGGCAGGUCCUCCUCGUGCAAAAACAGCUUGAAAUUGAAGUAACAGUUUCUUAUUUGUCGGAUGAAAAAAAGUUUGCCUUUUUCAUGGAUGUGUGACUUAAUAAUUUGUGUUUGUAUUUGUGUUUUUUGUUUUUCUUUUCUUGUAGAGAUGCUUUAUAGGCACAAAGUACAUCUAUUUGUAUAAACUGAAGUAAAAAAAGGGGUUGAGUCCCAUCCCCUCAAUUGUUCUACAAAUGGGAGCUAGUUACUUUAAUUUCAAGCCGCUGCCUUGACUGAACUUUAAGGAGUAUUGCAAAAUCACUACCCAAUUGAGAUUUUGCUUAAAUCUUUCAUUUAUUGAUCCUAUUGACCAAUUAAGAUUUUUUUUUUAUUGACUUCUAGGAGGCAAGAUUAAAACUGCCAAUCCUGGCUGAAGAGCAGGUGAUCAUGGAAGCCAUUAAAGAGAACCCAGUCGUGGUUUUAUGUGGAGAGACUGGCAGUGGGAAAACUACUCAGGUUCCACAGUUUCUGUAUGAGGCUGGCUAUGGAAGGUAGGUCAGGGAGGUACUGUAAUACAUAGCAGCUUUUAUGUAUCACUGAAACACCGUAUACGAUAGCUCUAACCUCUUCAGCUCCUUAAAUCUAUAGUUUGCACAAAUGUUUCUGUGAAAUUAUGUUUACAAAAUGACUUCUUUAUUUAUAAUAUAUUUUACCAGGAAGGAUACAUAGAUAUUUCUCAUGUUUUCAAGUAUCGUUACAGUAGGGUACAAUAUAAUUAAAAAUGGUAAAACAAUAUUAAUACACAACACCUAUACAAAAUGUAACUUAUAACAUUUGUUAUUAGCCCCUCUCACUUGUUUCAUACUAUUUUUAAAAUUGAAGUUUAUCAUAGUUUGUCAGCAGAAUUAAGUUGCCAAUUUGAAUGAAAGAUGAGUAACUAUUAGAAAACUGUGUGUUUCAAUCUAAGAACACAACUCCACACAAUUGCAUUAGAAAAAUGGGCUUUUGAAAUUGGUUGUUUUCAUAAUAAUGCAGUCAACCCAUCUGUGACUAACCAUGAGUUAAACUACUUAUCACUCCUGGUUGAUGUGAUGAUUGAUGUAAUCUUCUAUAUUUUAAUUAUUUUAAAUAAAUAUAAUUUUUUUUGUUUUGUUCUUAGUGACAAUGACCUUAUUGGUAUCACUGAACCACGUCGUGUGGCUGCAGUUGCUAUGUCACAGAGAGUGGCACUCGAAAUGAAUCUGUCUCACAGGUAGAUAUUCACCCUACAAUCUCUGUUGCAAACUAAUAACCUUUUGUAAUGAUCAAUAGAAAGUGACUUAACCUAUAGUACCACAGGCAUGUUUCCUUUAUGGGUUUCUAGACUAUGGCAGAUUAAAAUUGUCAUUAGAAGAGUUGAUAUAACACCUUUUGUUUUCUUGUCCACCACUGCACAGCCUGAGAAUAUGCAGUAAAUGAAGGAACUUCAUAUGUCAAGUUUGUUAUUUUUAAAGGACCACUAUAGUGCCAGGAAAAUAUCAGGGUCCCUCUCCCGCCGGGUUCUAGGUGGUGGAAGGGGUUAAACUUACCUCUUUCUCCAGCGCCGGGCGGGGAGCUCUCCUCCUCCUCGGCUGCAUGCGCGGCAUUCACAAUGCUUUCCUAUGGAUGCUGGCGUCUUCUCACUGUGAAAAUCACAGUGAGAAACCUCUAGCGGCUGUCAAUGAGACAGCCACUACAGGCUGGAUUAACCCUAUUAUAAACAUAGCAGUUUCUCUGAAACUAUGUUUAUAGAAGAAAGGGUUAAUCCUUGCUGGACCUGGCACCCUGACGACUUAAUUAAGCUGAAGUGGUCUGGGUGCCUAUAGUGGUCCUUUAAUGCUACAUUAAAAAGUUCUCCACAAGGAAGAUUGUGGCACUUAGUGACAUUACUCUGGUAGAACACUUUAAACAUCUCUCAAUAACUUACUUCAGAUGGAUUGUCACUUAUUGGGUUCUCACUGUUUAAUGCCUAAAAUAAAAUGAUUCUUGGUAACCUUUGAUUCCAUGUUUCCCAGGGUUGUCUCCUACCAAAUUCGAUAUGAAGGAAACAUUUCUGAUGAAACAAAAUUAAAGUUCAUGACAGACGGUGUGUUGCUGAAGGAAAUUCAGAAGGUACGGUUAACUGUUUUAUAGUGACGUGAACGGAGAAAAAAAAAAGCAAUACAAUGCCAUGUUGGUAUGCAAAAAGGAUCUUAACCAAGUUAUCUGGUCUGUUUUAUAAAACAUAUUAGCAGAUACACAAGAGCACAACGGUAUGAUACGAGAAGCACUCUGUUGUAUCAAGUAAUGUUUCUGUGUACUGAGGGAUAUGUACGGACUUUUAACAUUCAUUUGAAAGGCGGGGUUUGGGGGGCAUGUCACUGAAACUUGCUAUGUUUGCUUUCUCUGUAUGAGUUUUAUUGCAUGUAAAAUAAUAUAAGGCAUUUGAAAAAUUCGUCAGAUUCCCUCUGUUUCUCCAGAUUGCUUAUUCUCUGUGUGGUUACAUUCAUUAUUUAUUUAGCUGAUAAAUUGCAUGCUUACAGAAGCAAAUAUUUAGCAAAAUACCACAAGACUCGAGAAGCAGAGCACAGCUGAGUUUAAAAAUAAAUAAAUUUAUAAAUCCAUAAAUAAACUGUAUUAACUUUGUAUUUUAAUGCUCAUUGAAGUGGUCUGGGUAUAGUGUCAUUAUUGCAUUUAGGGAUGCAAUGUAAAACAUUGCAGUUCCAGAGAAAAUGCAAUGUUUACAUUACAGCACUAAGUCUGCCUCCAGUGGCUGUUUAGUACAGGGAGAUGUAGUGCCAGGAAUAGUAUCCUUUUAAGAAUAGUAUCCCUUUAAGAUAGAGUAAAACAGCGAAGAAAUAUAAACUCCAAUCCAAGUGAAAGUGUAUCCAAAAGUAAUCAGGCAGAACACACCUUAGAAUAAAAAUACUCACAAAUAGACUUAUGGUAAACUUUCCAUAGUGUGGCCAAUGGUGUGUGAUAACAUUAACAACCUGUUUAAAAAUGUGUCUUAUGAAAUCCUCUUUCAAACUUACACAACAGGGGAUUGUAUAACUAAUCAUCACGUUUUUUUAAAGCUAUAAUUUUAACCAGGAUAGAGCGGUGAUUAUAUAUCCAAGUGUCCCUGCAGAUACCGUCAUGUAUUGCCACUAGGCUCAACUUGCUGCAGCUGUGUAAUCAAACAAUGACCAAGGGUGAUCACAUUAAUUCUCAGUCCUCCGUUGCUGGGAGCAGCUUCUCCAGUGGCCUAUCAAAUAUCGGCUUCUCCAGCCUCUAACAGUCGGCCUUGUACAAGAAACAGUAAAAAUGAAAGUGUCACAAAGUGGAACAAACAAACAAAAAGAAAACAUGGCCCAACUCAUGUUUCAGUGCAAUCUAGUGCACUUUUGUCAGGGAUUUUUUGAAAGGGGAUUUUAUAGGACAAGUUAUAAACUUGGUAGCAAUUGAUAUCACACACCAAUAAUCACAUUGUAGUAAAUUUCAGGCUUAAUCUGUGGUAUUUUAUAAGAAUUUUCCAGGGACACAUCCUACAUCUUUGUUUCAAGGGCUAACAGACUUUUAUAGUCCAAGUAUCUUUUCUGUUCCACUAGCGUUUUUUUUGGUUUGAUUGUCAUAUUUAUAAAAAUCAAAUUGGAAUUUAGUACAUUUAGCAGGAUCUUUAUUAUAAUGUCCUUGUCUACUGUAACCCCUUAAAUAAAACACUAAAUACCCAUAAUGAAUGUAAGAGCACAUAGAUCUAGGAAUUCCAUUCUUUUUGUGUGGGUUUUUUUUAUUUUUUUGCAUUUGUAUUUGCUGAAUUAAUUUUAUUGGGACUAUCUUUUCUUCACAGGAUUUCUUACUUCAAAAGUAUAAAGUAAUCAUUAUUGAUGAAGCCCAUGAAAGAAGCGUGUACACGGACAUUCUAAUUGGACUGCUUUCUCGUAUUGUCCCUCUUCGGAAAAAGGUUACCGACAUUGAUGUUAAACCUGAAUAUCAUGUGAUGUACAUUGCCAUUUAAGAUCGCUGAAAGGCUAUGGUGCCCGGUGAUUUUAAGGAGUCGUAUUAUUUUAGAAUGAUUUAUUUUUAACCUGGGGUCCGCCAGGUCUGCUUUCUGUCUCCAUUACUGGGGGCAGAGAGCCAGAAACUCCUGAGCAGGAGUUGGCUCUCCUGAGGGUUAGUUCAUUGGCUGAGAGCAUCAGCCACUGCAGAGUUUAACUCCGAAAAACCUCUGUCUCAAGUAACCCUGCGGAUCCUAGGUAAAAAUUUAAACUGUUCUAAAACAGUUUAAAUCCUCACAAUGGGGGGUCGCCAGGUCAUUCCUGACUCCAUAACCACUACUGCUGGCUGUUGUGUUUUAUGGUGCUUAGAGUGUUAAUUUAAAGUGGUACUGUCAUCCCUCGCAAAAUGAGUAUUUCAUAAAUAUAGAAUGUUUAUGAAAUUCUAAAAUUGGCUGUGUUAGAAUUUCACUCAAAUUUCAACCUAAUCAAGAUAUGUACUGAGACAAAGUAGGGAUUUGUCAUACAAAUUGAAACAAAAUAAGGAUUAUUGUAAAUAGUAUUUGCAGGUGAUCAAUUGUGGAUAUUUCUAAAUGUGUAGUGAAGGUUACAGUGUUCUAAUAAAACUUAAUUUAGUAAAUUUUGUUAAAAAGUCCCUAAGAUUUAGUCUUUUGGUACAUACAGCACAAAGAACCUAUAACCUUAGAAUUUAAUUUUGUUUCUAUUGUGUCAUUACACUUGGAUGAAUAAUGCUUAGCAUAUUCAACUACUAUUACUUUUCUUACCUGAGAUUUGGUCCAUGCAGCUACCCACUCGGCUCCCGUUUUUGUCUUCCUUCUAAUACUACCCUUAUAUGUAUUCAUUUGUUUUCACAGAAAGGGAAGCCGUUGAAAUUGAUUAUUAUGUCUGCUACACUGCGUAUUGAGGAUUUUACAGAAAACAAGCGACUUUUCCCUGCCCCCCCUCCUGUGAUCAAGGUAACUAUAUCAUAUUCAGCUCACUAACAGUAUAAUUAUUUGGGCAUUGUGAUUAUCCCAACUGGAAGCUUACCAAGCUAAAGGGAGAGAUUUGAAGGAUUAAGUGGAAAGUUCAAAAAGCUUCACCGAAUUGGUGGGGAGGAGGAUCUGGAAUUAAUAUAAGAUAUGGAAGAGAAAUGAAGUGGAAAGGAGUCUUUCGUUUGGACCUGCAGAGCAUUCUGAAGGAGAAACACUAUUGCUGUAUGCUUUAUAUAGUCUAAACUUAAAUAUUGUGGAAGCAAUGUAAGAAAUAAUAAAUGGAUUUUUUAUUAUUUUGCUAUUUUAUGUGGUUCAGUAGGUAUCACUUAGAAACGGUUGGUUUGUUUUUCUACGCAUCUCUGUUUUUGUGGUUUUAAAUUGGAUUGCUCCCCUGUUUUCAUUCAAUCUUUGAUAUCAGACAGGAAACAUUACCUUCCAUUUGUGUUCUAAACCUAGGAUAGUUUAAAAAAAACAAAACGCAAACAAACCAAUUCUCAUUGCAGUGAGUGACCUUCAAAGAAAUAUGCACAACAAGCAUGUAUUUUUGGAUAACUUAAAUAUGCUGUAUGAAGAGCAUUUGCAUCUCUGCCCAUGUUACUCAUGUAUUUCCGAAUGUAAAAGAGGACCAUGGGGGCUUCAUUGAUAAGCUGCUAGCUGGUCCUCUGACUGUACAUUUUGGUUAAUAGCUGUUUGCAUCCCUUCAUUUUUGGAAGAAGGUGUUUUAUAUGUCCCUGGGCCCCUCAGUGGAGGUCUACAACUUAAAAGCUUUUCUUUGGUGUUGACUUCUAGACAACAGCAAGGUAUUUGUUGUUUCAGUUGUUUUCAAAUCGUAUUUCUUUAUUUCACCUUGGGCAUCUCCCUUGUGGCCACCCAUCUUUUAUAAAAUGUUCAAGGUAUACUUGGCAUUCAAAUAAAAAUUACAGGGUACUGUAAUCAUCAUUUGUCUCUAAGAGGAUAAUAUUUACCCUAUGGUCUCUGCUUACUCUAAGCAGAACCAAGAAAAAAAUCCCUGCAUCAUCUUCUAAUUGCAACCUACACAUUGGCCUACAUCAUUUGGGUCCAUUCCCCCAACUUAUUUUCCAUCUCAAGUUGCCCUUGUUUUCUCCCCUUUUGUUUUUUUCUGUUCCCAAUUCUGCCAACCUUAUUUUCCCCUUCUUGUCUCCUGCAUAGCCCCAUGUGUGUCUGAGGUAUUGUCUCAUUAAUGAUUGUUUGCUUUUAUACCUGCAUUGGCAUAUUUUUGCAGUAAGCAUUUUUAGCCAUUAAUAAGUAUAAAAAGGAAUUGUGAAUAUUGACUUACCUGUCAUUAUCCUCAGAAUAAUAUUAUAACUCUGGUGAUUAUCUCAUAUACAGUAUUGCAAGCAUAUAAAAUGUAUCCUCCCCCCACUCAGAUGAUCUUUACUGAAUAGUAAGGAGGUUAUAAUUAUAUCUUAUGUUUCUUCCAGGUGGACUCUAGGCAGUUUUCAGUUACAGUGCAUUUUAACAAGCGCACCCCACUGGACGACUAUGCUGGGGAGUGUUUCAGAAAAGUCUGUAAGAUCCACCGGAUGCUUCCUCCAGGUAAAGACUUUUCUGCUUUAAAUAGUUUUAGUCUGGCCUACUUUAUCAUAAACAAUUGAUAAGUGUUGUUUUUUUCCCCUUAGGUGCCAUCUUGGUUUUUCUAACCGGGCAGGCAGAGGUCCACUCUCUGUGUAGAAGGUUGAGGAAAAACUUUCCGUACAGUGGGAAAAAACUCCCAGAAGGUAAGACUGUAAGAAGUUUAACUAUUUUUCUCUAUGGGUUUUUUUUUUUUUCUCUUUUGUAGCAUGUUCUCUGUAUGCAGCAUGCUUACGUCCAUUUUGUAUGCAUCUACUCUGUAUUUAUAGCACUUGAGCCUGUAAAAUCCUUCGUACACCCACUUGGUACUGUUUGGUCCUGUUUACACAUAGUUGAGUGAUAUAACUGCUUCCUCGUUAGCUGUCACUUUCUUUUCAUGUUAAUUUGGAGAAAUGUUUAUUACACCACAUGUUUCCUUUUAAAAGUGAUUUGGUGGCAGUAUUUACAGCAAUAGUUAAUGUCUUUAGAAGUUAGCCCUGUACAAAUGUAUGUUGGGAUGUUGCUGCUAAGAUUAUGUGUUGACCAAAUAACCACCAAUAUUGUUUUUUUCCUUUUCCUGUCACUAAAGGAACUGGGCACUUCUUGUUUCAUUGUGGCUUCUGUUAACAUUUUAAUUAGGUUUACAGUUUACCUCUAACAAUGCUUAAAUAAUUAUCCUGCAUGAAUGGCUCUGAUAGGGAACCUCUGGGCAUCAUAAAAACUUUAUCGGAAUGUUCCCUGGCACUGGCUUACGUUUAGGGGUUAAAUCGUUAAUGAAUGGUGUAACCCCUAAGUGUUGAAUCCAGCGCCAGUUAGCUCUGCCUCUCACCUUCCACUUUUUGUCCAAAGUUUGAAUCAGGAAGCCUUGGAUAGGGGUGCUGCAGAUUGGCUUAGAGUGUCAGCUCUCUGUCAUUGGGUCUCCAUUCACAAAAAUGUGGACCAUCACGAGAGAGCGAUGGCUGUCUGGUGACAUUGUGGGACAAAUAACAGGCAGCAGCACCAAAGAGUCUUUGCACAGUUCUAGUUGGGGUGGUGACCUCUGAACUAAAUGGGGACCAAGGCACUAUAGCUUUAAAAAUACAUGUUUGUAUUCCUAACUCUAUAAUGUCCCUUUGAUGAAGAUGUGUGAUGUAUUUGUUUGCACUUUAUGCAGUUAUCUGAACUUGAAUGCUGACAACUUGGUAAGCACCAUUUAUAUAUGUAUGGUAUUUAUGUCUGUAAUAUGUUUAGUGCACAGACGUUCUAUGCUAUUUGCCCCUUCUUAUUCAUUGCUAUGUACUUUACUUAUAGUAACUUCAGUUAGAAUGUGACUAAAUGGUUGGUUGGUUAUUUUUUCCUUGCAGAAGAGGAAGAAGACUCACAAGAGGCAAUGGAAAAAAAUAAGAAAUCUAAACAAAGAAAGCAUAUGGUAAGCUCUUUUUGUGGCUUCCAACAGGUUUGAUUUACUGUUGCGUUAAGAAUUAUUUAUACAUAGAAAUUUCUGGGCACAUUUACAAAUGUGGAGCAAUCACAGGGAUUGUUCCAUUGGCUUCUAAUUUGAUCACAUAAUUUCUUCGUUUAUAGAUAUUUGCCUCAUGUGCAGGUCCGGAUUAACAUAGGGGCUGAUGGAGCUGCAGCUGUAUGGGAAUAGGCCCAUUGAUUAAAAAAAUAUAAAUAAAUAAAUAUAUAUAUAUAUAUAUAUAUAUAUAUAUAUAUAUAUAUAUAUAUAUAUAUAUAUAUAUAUAUAUAUAUAUAUAUAUAUAUAUAAAAUAUGCUCUUGCCUAAGUAUAGAAACUUAAGAAAGACGUAGGGAAACAAAACUGGUGUGGACUGGCUGAAAAUGAAAUUAGUUAAGGUAAAGCUGACUUUGCGCACUAUGCAAAUGUUCUUGCUGCUGCAGUCUCUCUCUUCCGCAGCGAAUAAAUGGUGAAUUAACCAUUUGUUUGCUUACCUUAAUCCGGCACCAGGUUCCCUGGGCGCUGGUGACCUCUCCUCCUCCAUCGACGUCCACUACCGAGUGGAGCCGAAUGCGCAUGCUCGGCCAGAGGCGCACGCAUUCUAACCCACCCAUAGGAAAGCAUCACUAAAUGCUUUCCUAUAGGGAUCUUUUUUGACGCUGGAGGUCCGUGAGGACGUGCGAUUUACUGUGUAAAUUGCAGAAGCGCCUCUAGUGGCUGUCAGGGAGGCUGGAUUAACCCUGCAGUGUAAACAUAGCACUUUCUCUGAAACUGCUAUGUUUCAGCUGCAGGGUUAAAACUAGGGGACCUGGUACCCAGACCACUUCAUUGAGCUGAAGUGGUCUGGGUGCCUAUAGUAGUCCUUGAAGGUUUUAAGUAGGUGUUUUUUGACCUGCUUGUGAGGCUUCACAAAAUCUUCCCAACCUCUUUUGUUAUUUGCAUAUGGGCAUGGGUAAGCACAAGCUGGUACCUGAAUUGUUGUCAAUGUCCAUCUGUUCAGUCCUUGUAGUCUCAAAUAUUUUGAUUAAUUGAGUUCCCAGAACUGUGGAUGGUCUCUUUUGAAUCGCUCUCUUUAUCAUGUCAAGCCUACAAAACAAUCAAAGAAGUCUGUUUUCCCGUAAUCAUAACUAGUCAUAACCAGGCUUUGAAAGGCUUCCCCUUUCCUUUAAUCUUUAUACUCCCCAACACUUGGUAUGUCUUUCCAAUAGAAAAACAUAUGGUCAUUAUUCUGUCCUCUCUAAACUUUAUUCACAUUUACUGAGCCAUCUUUGGUCAAGAGGAUUGAUUAAAGUCACAGUAGGACGCCUUCUGACCCAAACACGAAUUAAGAGGCUACUGAAGCGCUAAUUCUCUUUUCCUUCUCUGUUUUUAACAAAACCAUCAAUAUAUUCACCCUGUGUUCUACUUUAUCACUCUCUCUUCCUCGUUAUCAGCUCUACCAAAGCCAAAAAAAUUAGGUGCACCUAAAGAAAAAUACAUGGUGAUCACUUAGAGUAGAACAAUCAAAGACUGAGUGGCUUUAUUUAUAGUUUUCUGAAAAAAGACCGGGUUUACAUUGCUGCCUAUAGCCACCUCUAGUGGCUCCCUGGCUUCGGUCUGACAAAGAUUGAAGUCGCUAAACUCUCCCCAUAGAGAUACAAUUGAUGCUUCUCUAUAAGGAGAUGUUGAUUGGUGCAGCACAGUGAUUUGCCAUGCAUGUACACUAGUCUCCCACUGCUUCCAUAUGGAGAGAUAUUGUAUUGCCUAAGAUCUUCAAGGUUGAUGAUUUUUAUUUAUUUUUUUAAAUGCAACUCACUACUGAGUAGAACUCUAUAAUGUUGGGGAUGUGUGUGUUUCAUUAAUUAAAGUUAAUUUAAAUUGUGUCUGCAGAGAUAACAUGAUGGUUUUUUUUUUUUGUUUGAUUUUUUUUUUUCUACUACAAAAGUGUUGAAAAUUGAAUAUAUACAAUGUUUUGGGAGGGGGGGAGGGAGAUAGCUCACCUUGCAAUCAAUCCUCAUCUGGUUGCACAAAUUAAAGAUUUUAACAGCCAGCAAGAGUGAGCCUUUAAGUUUAAAGCCAUGUUUUUGUUUUUUUCAUGAAAAGUGAUUGAAAUCGUGAUUUUAGUAAACUUGAUUUAAAUCAAAUCCAUCCUGAUUUUGAAGGUUUUAAAUAUGUAUGCAGAGAACUGUAUUACUUUAACAAAAUGUCAAUCUACCAUUUGUUACUGUGUCAUAUAAAAGAUCUGGUUGGGAUCCGUACUUGUAAAACACUUUAGUUAUUUCUUUAUGAUUAAAAACUAGUAUUUUUUUAUUUAAUGAGACGUUGGUAACCAAUGCUCUAUUUUGAAAAAAAUACAGUGAUGAGAAGCCCAGCUUGUACCACUUAUGAUUGAAAGUAAAAAUGUAAUGUUUUGGUUUCUUUACUCAGAAAUUACCAAAGAUUGACCUGGAUAACUAUUCAGCCAUGCCAUUGGAUGAAGGGGAUGAAGAUAGGGAGGCUGGUGAGGAGGAGGAUGAUGGUGAGGGGUCUGAUCUCGAUCUGGAUUUAGAUGAUGAAGGCCCAGAUGAAGGUAUGUGUUGCCCUUUUAGUAGCAUGUUUUUAAACCCAUUUGUAUUAAGGCCCUUUUUAUACAGAUCAAGGAUGAGUAGAUUUUAUGAAAGUUAACGGACACUUAAAAGGGGACUCUAUAGUAUUCCUAGUGUUCUGUGCUUUUAACUUUCAUUAUUCUAACAUCAUAUUGGAUAUGGUUUGCAUGAUGUUAUUAGUGUGAUAUAUAUGGUUCUUACUCCCUUUGAAAUUAGGUUUAUGCUAACUGGAGAACAGAUGCAUUCAUUUACAGUGCCCCCAUUGUCUUAUCAGUCGUAAUCCAGUAUGGGAAACACUUAAUUCCACAGUAUAUCUGUGAAUGUUUACCCUCUUAAUUUAACUACAUUGUGUUUAAUGCGUCACAAUUAAUUGAGCUACGGUCACAUUACUUGAGUUCAUUCAACGUUUCUGUAAAUUCUUCUUAAUAAAUUUAAUCGGCUCUUAUUAUAAAUAACAUUUUGUUAUAUUUGUAUUUUUAGAUGAAAAACCAGAUUCCUCUCUUCCCCUGUUUGUACUACCACUCUACUCCUUACUGGCUCCAGAGAAACAAGCCAAGGUAUUGUUGAAGGAUACUCUUGGCUCCAAAGCAACUUUAGCUUAAUGAAGCAAUUUAGUUUGUAGAGCAGGGGUGAUCCCUUCGGCACUCCAAAUGUUGUGGACUACAUCUCUCAUAAUGCUCUUACAGACAUAAUGCUAGUAAAGCUUCAUGGGAGAUGUAAUUCACAACUUCUCAUAUGUCGGAGGUUACCUACACCUGGUAUAGAUCAUGAUCUUGUAGUCUUUCUGCUAAAGUCUCUGCCAUAAUUGCUUUUCCUUCUGCUUAUAUAGCCCUAGUCACACUUCCCCGGGCUGUGACUCACACAGCCUACAUGAAUAAAUGGUUUCAUUUUCAAUCAGAUGUAAUAACACAGUGUGUUUACUUUAGAUGUUUUUAUCUACCACUCUUUUAAUUGAACACACGCAGGUAACUCCUACAGGCUCUAGCAGGCUUUUAAGAGAAGCGGGCAAUAAGAAAAUUGUAAAUUAAACAAGUGGAAGUUUAAUCCUGAGUCCUCACAGCAAAUAUGUUGACAGACUACGUAGUACACAUGCAAGGAAGGUGUGGCUAGGGCUACAUAAACAAAGUGAUUUAACUCCUAAAUGGCAGAGGAUUGAGCAGCGAGACUGCUACAUUAUCUCAAUGUAGCAGUUUUGGUGUAAACUUCAGAAAUAUAGGAAAUAAUGGUUUCCUUAUUGUGUAGCCAUACAGCCAAUAGCAGAUUACCUGUGUCUAAAAAGUAAAACCUAAAAUAAUUGUGCAAUAUUGCUUUAUAAACCACCCCAUAAAAUUCUCCAAAUAGUUUAACUGACAAGAUUAGAGUGAAUGUGUGCCACUCAAACAAUCAAAAUCUGGGAGGAUCAGCCCAUUGACUGCAUGGAUUCCCAGUAGCAGCUUUUAUUUUAUAUAACACGUUAAAAUCAAAGGAGUAGAUAAAGACAUAAGCAACGGUGUUUUGUUGAAGGUGUUUCAAAUAAAGCAAGUCUCUUGAUACAGUUAAUGUUGUAUACAGUUUAUGUAUCUUCUGUACUCGUAACUUUGUAUCAGAAGGAAGCUCAUGUUCCUGAUGUCACAAUACCAAUUGCAACUCGUUUUUUGUAAUUUUUUUUAUUUUAUGUAUUUAUUAAUUUAAAGUUGUUUUGGUGCUUUUAGUGUCCUUUCAGGAUCACCGUAAAAUAAGGUCAAACACUGCUUCUUCAAAGUGAACACAAUUUGUGAUGUAAAGAUUACUGAUUGCCAUCAAGUAGCUCUUAGCUUUUCAUCUGUUAAAAAUAUUAGCUACUUGUCUUUGACGCAAGCAAUGUUACAUGGGGAGUUCCACCUCUUAGAGAGUGAUGAAGAGUAUAUCCUUUGCUAAUAGGAGUUUUUCUUUCAUGAACAAGAUAAUUUACUUUUAGCAAUAACCAGCACCAAUUUUCCCAGCGUUAGUCAUGAACUACAUGUCAUUAUCAUAGGUUUUCCGUCCUGCACCCAGUGGCACAAGGCUGUGUGUUGUGGCCACCAACGUUGCAGAAACGUCUUUGACAAUUCCGGGGAUAAAGUAUGUGGUUGACUGUGGCAAGGUGAAGAAGAGGUUCUAUGACAAAGUUACUGGUGUGUCUUCAUUCAAAGUAGACUGGAUUUCCCAAGCGUCAGCCAAUCAGCGAGCAGGAAGAGCUGGACGUACAGAGCCUGGCCACUGCUACAGGUAAGUGUAUACUGCACAAGUUAUAUUAUGAACAAAAUGUUUCUCUCUCGAUUUACUCGAGGCUGUUAAAAAAAAAUAGAAAUACACAAAAAUAAGUCCUGCGCUCAAACACCCCCUACUUUUGGGCGGCAGCAAUGACCAUAGUACACAUCAGACCCAAUAUUUACGAUAAAAACCAAAGAAAAGAGUUACCUGUGCACCACUCCAAAUCCCUAUGCAAAACCUCCAUUUGUGUUAAUAUGCAUAGGGAUUGGGGGUAGUGCGCAGGCAACUCUUUUAUUUGUUUUUUAUUGUUCCAAAAAUAUAUUCAAUAAGUAGGAAAUUAGAACUUGGGUAAGGGAUAAUCACACAGCCUAAAAAAAAUAAACUCAUUGAUUAUUCCAGAUUUUACACCAACUUUUAAUAUAAGAUGUAUUUGUGAUAUCCCAUUGUUAAUGUUACAUAUGUUUAUUACAAUUCAUGAUGAUAUAUACUGAUUUUACCUUUUUCGUACUUUAGACUGUAUUCUUCAGCUGUGUUCAGUGAUUUUGAAGAGUUUUCCUUACCAGAAAUAACGAGGAGGCCAGUUGAGGAUUUGGUACUUCAGAUGAAAGAUCUGAACAUUGAAAAGGUUAGACUGAAACCUCUUUGAUUUUCUUAAACUAGUACAGUGAUACAGCAAACUGUAGUUUAACAAAUGUGUUACAGUAGAGAUGAGGUAAUUGAGAAUUAUGGGUGAAAAGAAAACAUUGUAAGGGCUACGAAAAUACAGCAUUGGCAAGAUAUUUAUAUCUGUAAAAGUCACAUCUUAUUCAUCUUAUCUGACGUCCAAUAUUAUUCUUAUUUUAGGUUGUAAACUUCCCUUUUCCCACACCACCUUCUGCAGAUGCCCUUAUUACUGCAGAGGAAUUACUUAUAUCUCUUGGAGCAUUGCAAGACCCCCCCAAAGUUGGAAGGUAAGUGGGAAAAAUGUACUCCUAAUAAUGGGUUACCAGUGUGUUGUUUGAUUAUUUCCCAUUAAUGUUCUACCUUUUUAAAUACAAGGCAAGUCUUGGUAAAUAUAUAUAUAUAUAUUACUAAUGCUUGCAGUAUUGUUUUGCUCAUAAGGUUGCUUCACUUACAAAUAAAACUCCAUCUAUAAAAAAUGUUUUGGAUGUAUGUGAACUUUAAAUCAAAAAAUAAAAUACCUUGCUUCUCCCACUGUUCCAAAAUGAAUCUAAGAUCAAAGUGAGUGAAUGUUAUUGACAAUAUUUAAUGUAAAUUUUUGUUUUUAUUCCUUCAGGCUCAAUGAUCUGCAGAAGGCUAAGCUCAGUAGCCCAAUCACUGCUUUGGGUAAAACCAUGGCAUCCUUUCCUGUUGCACCACGAUAUGCAAAAAUGCUAGCACUGGGCAAACAGCAUGACUGUUUACCAUAUAUAAUCACCAUUGUGGCAGCUAUGACAGUGCGUGAACUGUUUGAGGAGCUUGACAGGUAUGGCACAGACAGCUGAGGUACAUUGUAAAGUGUUUAUUUGAUCCCUUGCUUCAAAUGCAUAAACAAUACCAAAACAAGGGAACAGCACCUACCAAUUGAGGGUAAAAGGAACCUGAUUCUGCCAAAACAAGUAUUUAUCCAAAAUAAGGAAAAUGGUUUCCUAACAUCCUAGUGAAGCAGUGUCCCUUUACUCAAGUGCCUAAAGUGUAUAAAGAAACUCCCCAAAAGCCAACUACGGUCUUUUCAAGCUUGACAAAGACCAUAGUAGUGGUCAAAAUGUUGCUUUGCUUCACUAGGACAUGCUGUGCAAUUAUUCUUUAUUUUAACUGCAUAUGCAUGUCGUGCAGAAAUGACAGCUGAGUUUAUAAACGAUAUAACUUCAUCUAUCCAGUAUUGCAAAACGAUGGCAAAAAUAUUAGAAAGUUUCAUUGUUCAAGAUGGAAAUUAACUCUAGGCUCCAGGUACAGAUAUAUUAACUACACUUUUGCCAGGGUUCAUGCACAUCCUUGUGAUCAGAGCAGUAAGUGUAACACUGUGCUUUAAUGUGUGGCACCCUGGUGUUGAGCAUUAUGCAUUGUUGGAGCACAUGGCUGUUCCCCAUUGCCCAAUCCAGGAAGAUAACUGACGGUAAGAAAACAGUUUUACUUGUAGAUUUGGUGAUCCACUAAGACCCCUGCUAACUUUUCUGGUUUCAAUACAGAUAAUGUUCCCUUGGGUGCUAAUUACAGACUGUAAGUGUCAGCUCUGAUGUGCACAGGCUAUUACUAGCCACCCAUUGAGAAAAAUGUUUUAGAAAGGUACACCCAGGAUUUACCGACCUCAUAACAACUUCUCUGACCCAGAGUGGUCCUUUAAAUCUCAAUUUUUGUAGUGAUAUAGCUGCAUCUAUGCCAUGAAUUGUUAAAUAGUAUAGCAUAGACUUCUCCACCUCGCCAUUGACCUCAUAAUCUACUGAAAGCAAAGCAGAGCUUUAAUGAGUUAAGAGAGUAGACUGCUCAUUUUCCUCUCCGGAAUGUAACCUUAAUGGAUUGUGUGGAUUAUUUCAGACCUGCAGCCAGUGAUGAGGAGAAAGAGAAACUGAAAGGCAAGAAAGCCAGAGUAUUACAAAUGCAGAAGAUCUGGGCAGGACAGGGCCAGGCACAAAAACUGGGUGAUCUCAUGGUGAUGCUAGGUAUGUACUUACAGAGUCAAUGAUCUGUUAAUUUAACACAUAACCUGGCAGUCCUGUUGUCAUGUGCAAAAAUGUGUAUAUAAGAAAGAAUUUUAGCUGUACUGUAAAAGUGAGAUUCAGUAGAAUUUUACAAAUUGUUAAAGUGGCAUGUGAUUAGAGGUGCAAAUUUACAUUUAUAUAGCGUGAAUGAUGGGGAAAGAAUAUAAUAAAAUAGCUUUUAUUAUCUACUUAAAUAAUUUACUAGAUUAAAAACAAGUCACUUAGACUGGGUCUUAUCUAUCUAAACUACAAACUACUAUUAGGGUUCUAUAUAGAACUCUAAUUUGAAAGAUCUAAUCUAAACUGUAAUCUUUCCCCAAUAGAAAGACUACAGGGUUUAAAACAGAUUAGAGCUGAACAGUAAAUAUAACUAUUAACCAAUAAUGUAUCUUCCAUCUUACCACUUUGCUAUCUAUGCCAACCUAAUAAUAUAAAGCAUAGCUGGUACCCUGAGAUAUGGCUUGAACCCCACCUUUUGGCAUCUUACCUAACUAGUGGAACCGAGUUGGAUGUAUUGUAGUUUUUUUAAGAAGACCUAGUCUUGUAACUUUACUCUCGUUAACAUGCCAAAUGGGUUGUGUGAAUUUUAGAUAUUUUGCCCAUUUACUUUUUUUUUGUCAGCUGCUGAAUAAAAGUAAAGAUGCAUUGCACCUCUAUCUGAGCAUAUGCUCUCAUAAAGCUUGAAGGAUCUGUUUUAGCUGUUAGGUAGACCAUAACGAUAUCUAAACCCAUUGAUUUGUUAGUUCUAAAUCCUCAUUUGUCAACUAAUGCCUCAAUUUAAUAUUUUUUGAUACACUUAAAACAUUUUUAGAUAUUACAUUAAAAAAAAAUUCUAAAAAAAAUAUAUAAAACCAAAAUACGAAAUAGUUUUUAAAGUUAUUCCAAAAAUAUGACCCCACCUGAAAAGCCUAUCCCAAAUAUUAAAUUGAAACCUAGAUCAAUUGUUUAUUAGUGGCGAUUUGGAUGAGUAUAUAUCUGUAUUUCUGAUUUCAUAUAUUACCUUACCAUAAGCCAAAUUGUAUUGUAGUUUGGUAUAUUGUGUGUAUCAUUGUCCAGUAGAGAUUCCACUACCAUAUAUUAUUUGAUCUCUGCAGUGGGUUACCCAGGAAAUUGAUGCAUGUUUUUAUCCACAGGUGCUGUGGGUGCAUGUGAGUACAGUGGUCUCACUCCUAAAUUCUGUGAAAAUAAUGGUCUCCGAUACAAAGCUAUGAUGGAAGUAAGACGUUUGCGAGGGCAGCUGACUACAACAGGUAAUAGAUUAUAGGUGCUAGUCAGGCUUCUUUUGUAUCCUUUAGCAGAACGCUGACAAUGUUUGCUUUUGUCUCCAGUCAACUCUCUCUGCAGUGAUGUCCAACUUUUUCUUGACCCAAAAAUGAGUCCACCAACAGAGAGUCAGGUGACCUACUUGAGACAGAUUGUGAUGUCUGGAUUGGGAGAUCACAUAGCCAGAAGAAUUAGUUCAGAAGAAAUGCUUGAUGAGAAAUGGAAGAAUGCCUACAAGGUUAGCAAGUCCCUUUAUUUUAAUUCAUGAACAUUGUGGGUUCCAGUUGGUCUUUUAUAACAAAUGGUGAUGUUGUAUAUAAGGUUGGAAGCGAAAGGUUAAGAUUUGGUGAACUUAACAUUUUGAGCAAUACAAACCCUCAAACAACAGAAAUUGAAAGCCUUAACCAUAGUUUACUAGGGUUCAUUGAACAAUUUUGUGUAACUGAAAUGUCCAGAUUUAAGGUAAAGAACGAAUGGCAGUCUCUAAAGAUGAUAAAAGAUAAUCAUAUCAAAGGUCUUUGCCUGGCUAUUUAUCUCCAUGUAGGUGUAACAUGUGUAGGAUGUGUACCAGGGUUAUUUCUGUUUGUAUUUUCCAACAGACCCCGCUUCUGGAGGAUCCUGUUUUCAUUCACCCAAGCUCUGUCCUGUUCAGACAGCUUCCUGAGUUUGUUGUUUACCAGGAAAUUGUGGAGACAUCAAAGAUGUACAUGAAAGGUACAAGUGUUUUUUUACAGGCACACUCCAGUCUCCUACAGCAGCAUGUAAAAAACAACAAAAUGUUUGAAGAAAUAAAGCGUCAGCUCUAACAAAACAGAGAGGGUACACUGGGUUGAUGAAGUUAAUGCAUUUCUUACUAUAGUGGAACUCAAUUGGGUUCUCUUAACUACAUUUCUCUGCAGGCUUAUUUUGUAAAAGUGAAACCAAUGCUUCUUGAUGGGACGCUCUUCUUUGAGCUGGCUAGUGUGAACAAAGCUAGUGAAGCCUUCAUGUUGAAAUUGGCAAUCAUUCUCUAUGAGUAUCGUUUGUGUGUCCCAGUGCUUCUCUAUGGACCCAAGUCAUCGGAAAUGAUGAUUAUCAGGGAGCAGAUCAGAGCUGCAGCAAAGAGAAAUCUACUGGCAAAAAGAAGAGUUUAAUUUAUUUUAACCCUCUCAGUGCUGUGGAGGGGGGAGAAUGCAGGAAUCUAAAGUUUAAGGAGCAUUCCAAUUAAAAAUAAAAACUAAAUACCUAUGUAUAUUUCUGUUUAUCGACCGGUUCCUUUAAUUAAGAUUGGUUAUAUUUAGACGCAUGCAUUGGAACUUCUAAUUCUAUAGACAUGCAACUCUUGAUUAUUACAGGGAAUAGUGAUAUGUUCCUGUGAUUAUUUCCAAUUUGUUUGUACCAAUUAUCUUCUAAAACAAACUAGACUCUGAACUUACACUCUCUUGUCCACAAUUCCUCUAGAUAUGUAGUGAAAGGCUCAAUAUGUAAUUUGGAGAAUGACAAAGGCCAGGAAAUAACAUACUUUUCUGUUUAUGGCAGUACAUUGUCUGGGGAUUGUUCACAUUUUCAAAUGUAGAAAUAAUACAUAUUUAAACAUAAAACUAUGAAAGUAGAAGAUGCAAAUUUACAUCUGGAAGAUUUAGGGCACAAAAACUCCAAGGGGUAGUUAAUAAGGAUUAUAAAAUAUUGUCUAUAAAAGACUUGCGUGUAGGGAUCCAACCCAUCAAGCAACAUUUAGAUGUAAAUGUUAGAUCUAAAUGUUAGAUCUAACAACAAUGUGCAGCCAAUAAGUAUUCAACAAGAGACACUGCACUUUUAUUGUGCAAUAUACCGUGUGUUCUAUUGGCUAAUUGCUCAGCCUACUUGUAUGUAAGAACCUCCUAGCUCUGCAAGUUUCAAAACGUAGAGAACAUGUAUAUCUGCUACUGUAGUUUAGAAGCUAGUAAAUCUGAAAAGUUAAGAUUAUAUAGUAAAAAAACAAAAACCCCAAAACAUAUAUACAUAUUUAAAUGCUUACAUGUGCCUAUAUAUUCUGCAGUGCUUUGCAAUAGGUGGGCAAGAUACAAGAAAUGUUAACAACUUUGACUCGCAGAACAAUGAUCACAGGAUUCAUUGAUGAACAGCUUUUGUGCUUCAUUUUCAUGUGUACUAUAAAAACAUUUCCCGUGUACUUAAGCAAGCAUGUUAUCCUCAAAGUACUGCAGCAUCACUGAAUCACCGUGAUACUUGUUGAAUACAUGUCUACCCAUAUUUAAUACUGGUACAAAGGAGAUGGGGAUGGGCAGCACACAACUUAAAAUUUGGGUGCAUAUCUCCAAGGUCUCCUUCCACUUGCCUCAUAAACAGUAUAAAAGAACCAUAAUGAGCCGCAACACCAAAAUAAAUGACAGAUUUAUUUCACCUGUGUGAAACUGGCAACGUUUCGAUUCACCCUGAGGUUUAGCUGAAACGCUGGUGGAAUAAAUCUUUGUAAUUUAUUUUGGAAUUGAGGUUCUUUAUUGGUUUUCAUAAGUAAUACUGAGCCACUAACCUAUAUGUUGGUAUAUCUACUUUUCCUGUACUUAGUGUAAUGUUCUUGUAUUUAGGUGUAUCAACCAUUGAAUCUGAGUGGAUCCCUGCCUUGCUACCGCAGUACUGUCACUUUGGAAAUCCCCUGGAAAAGCCCACUCCAUAUUACUGCCCAGAAUCCGGAAUGGUGAAGUGUCACAGGCCAAGCACUUUCUGUAUGUAUGCAAGCACAAAUGUUCCCAUGAUUCCAAAGAAAUUGCAUCAUUUACGUUUACUUUUUUGUCUUUUCAAAAUGAGCAGUGCAGCAGGAUCUAGUCAGGCUAUAUCCUCUGUCAACACAAGUGUUCAUAAAAAAGGAAUAAUGUUUGUCUUCACAUGCUCUAAAAGUGGCUCACAGUGCUUGCCUCUGGACUUUUUUGGAGUUUAUUUGGCAAACUGUGAACUGGGGCAAGUUGAAUUGGCAAAUAGUCUAAUACAGCAAAGUUAAAAAAAAGAGAAAAAACAAAACUAGAAAAUGUAUCCACCUUAAAUAUGUUGACAUUCAGUUUUUACGUCACCGUUUUUAGAACGUUUUUUUUUUCUCCAGUAAGAGCACAGUUCUCAAUAUUGCAAGAACAAUCAAAACCAUGAACAGGCUUUUUAAAGCUUGCUUCCUUCAUUUCAUGUACCUUUGCUGUGGAGGAUAUGGUGGUUGCUCUCCCCACUUUUUAAACUGUUUACCACCAAAGUCAUUUAUAUAUGCCAGGAGCUCAUUCUGAAAAGAAAUACCCCCCUCUACCCUACCUUUCCAAACAAUACACUAAUCGUGCUUUGCUAAACUGCUAUCCUUUCAUCGAAACAAAGCAAUUUAUUUGUUCCAGCUUCAAAUUUAUAGAAGAAACCUUUUAUGGUUAAUUUCAUAUACAUUAAGUUUCAUUAUCUGUCAAAUCUUUUAUCCUACAGAUCGAGUUGGUUGGGAGCUGCCUUCCGUUGUUGCCACUUAUCCAGAAGGUCUAGAACGCUACAAAUAUUUUGCAAAGUUCCUACUAGAAGGAAAGGUACUAGUCAAGUUGUAUAAUUUUAUAAUGCCUCUUAAAGGGACAUGGAUCACUUGGCAUUUUUUAAACAGGCAAGCAAAGACUUUUAAACAAAUAUACAAACCAAAUAAAGCAAGAAAAAAAUUGAAAAUAUGUAAUAAGUUUUAUAAACUUUCUAUAAAAAUAGUCAGAUUGCAUUGUUGGGCACACCUCUCAGCUAGGGGAGUUUUUUUUUCAAAAUUCCCUCCUUCUCCCUCUUACCAACCCAUCUCAAUUUCAGACCAGUCCACUUAUGACCGAAAUAGGGCAUCAUUGCGCAGCAGCAGGUGAGAGAAACCAAACACCAGAGUCUGCACUGCGUGAAAACGCUCUUCUCCCCCAGUUAGGAUGUUGCAAGGUGAAAAGAUCUUCCAACUGCUCAUGUGUGUCUGUAAGGCAUGCCCAAUGCAUAUUUCCAGCAUUCCUAGGGAUAGGACACUUAUUGGUUACAUCAGUGUCCCUCAGGAGCAGGUUUGGAAAGCAUAAGAAAAAGCAGAUAAAUAUAAACAAAACAAAUCGUAUUUACCUGCUUUUUUAACCUGCAGAAUGAGGCAAUUGUCUCAUUCACGCCUAAAGCUUUUGAAUUAAACAGUUCUCAAAGUAAUACAUGUCCCUUUUAAGGGUAACCUGUAACGGAAAAAUUAUUUGCCUUAAAUCGCUUCCAUAUACAUUGAAUACUCCAUGUAUCAUAAAGGUACAUAGUGUAUUCAAUGUCAAAUAUAAAGAUUUACUCACUUUUCCACCAUUCAGAGCAGCUUUGUGGGUGUUACUCUUCGUUUAAUACCCACCUCUUGGCCGUCCUCCGCGCUCCUCUAUUCUUCUUUAAUUUGCCCUGCUUUGGACGCAUCCCCUAGCAGGGCAAAUCUAGUUAGUGAUGUCAGCAGCGUUGGACCAGGAGUGACGUUACUCCUUCCUAUACUCCCUAACCAGCACUAAGGAAUUUUUAUAGGUACUGCAGUGCAUGCCCUGUGGUUGCUAUGGGAUGAGAGCAGAGAGACCUCCUGUGGUGGAGGUCUUUUCUGCUCUACCUUAUAAGUCAGUGCCUUGCCACGCCUUGACUGAGCUGGUGAAAAAACUAUUUUAAAAUAGUUUUAUUUUCCUAAUGUAUACAUUUGCUAGAAAAACUGGUAGCACGGUGUAUAGAUAAAAUCUUAGUGUUGUUUGGAGAAUGACUGGUACCCUUUAAGCCAGGGAUGUUACUAGGUGGCAUAAAAAAAGCCAGUGCUUGAAUCCAGGGGUAGAUUUUAUGGAUGCUUUUGUGUUUAUUGACUUUGGCAACUCCUAAAACCCUACCAUGCCCUGUGUCCAACUCUAAUGUUGUUUAUAAUCACAUUUACACCAAAUAUUUGAGAAUUAUUUAAAGUAUUGUAUAAACCUAUACUUGGGAACUACCCAUCUGAUUAUGUAUUAAAGGACCACUAUAGGCACCCAGACCACUUCAGCUCAAUGAAGUGGUCUGGGUGCCAGGUCCAUCUAGGGUUAACCCUGCCUGCUGUAAACAUAGCAGUUUCAGAGAAACUGCUAUGUUUAGCUAUGGGUUAGUCUAGCCUCUAGUGGCUGUCUCAUUGACAGCCGCUAGAUGCUCUUCCGCGCUUCUCACUGUGAUUUUCACAGUGAGAAGACGCCAGCGUCCAUAGGAAAGCAUUGAGAAUGCUUUCCUAUGGACUGACUGACUGCGCGCACGGCUCUUGCUGCGCAUGCACAUUCAGCCGAUGACGUCCAAAGGAGGAGGAGAGACCCCAGCGCCGAGGUGAGUGUUUAACCCCCUUCCUCUCUCUUCAGCCCAGUGGGAGUGGGACCCUGAAGGUGGGGGCACCCUCAGGUCACUAUAGUGCCAGAAAAACAAGUUUGUUUUCCUGGCACUAUAGUGGUACUUUAAUAAACACUGCUCUGCACAAUGUACCUUGCUUAUAGUCGAGUGUUGUAACCACAUGUGCUUUGAUUCAAACGUUUAUUCUAUUUUUAUUCCUUGACUUCUUUGUUUAGGUCAUCAAGAAAUUAGGCUCUUACACCAAUGUUUUGUUGUCCAGCCCAAUAACAAUGAUAAAAUCCUGGGCUAAGUAAGUAUUAAAUCAUUUUAAUUAAAAGUUAACAAUGUAGCAUUGUUAUAUCUAAUGAAACCUAGAGUAAAUUUUAAGUCUGAUAUUGUCAUAGUAAAUUUUGUUUUUCUUUCUGGCAAUAUUUGUUUAUAGUAGUGUUUUAUGUUGGGCUGUGAUACAAUGUUCUAGUACUUGUUAAACCAGCCUCUAUAAUCAAAUUACAUAUUGCUCUUUCAUUAUUAGCUAUUGUUAAAAUAUUUGUUCUAAAAAGAAACUGCUAAAGGAACCUAAAUUGGUUGUUUAAUUAUUUUAUUAUUUUUCUUCUUCCGUGUCCAGACUCCAGCCCAGAACAGAAGUCUUACUAAAAGCUCUUGUUUCUAAAAAUUGUGACAACAAGCCUGCAUUACUGGCUGCCUGGAAAAGAGACCCGAAAUGUAAGUUCCUUUUUAUUUGUCUUAUGUCUAUGCAUGUGUCUUUAAUACCAGAUAGCAAUUGUUUUGUGUUGGCACAUAUUACAUGCACAUAUUACAUGUCACAUAUAUUUGGGAAUUGUAUUACUAAUGUUGCCCAGAAAGCCUUUAUUAUAAUUUUCUGUUUUCAUGUCCAAAAUCUAUUGUAAUUAUGCAGGUGUAGCAUCUAAAAAAAAAAGUACCUUACUAGUCUGCUAUGAUCAAUAUAAUAAAGAUUUUAUAUAUGAUUAUAUAUCACAAUAUUUAGAUAAUAUGAUAGCUAUAGUUGUGUUUGAUACUUAACAUCAAUUUAGGAAAUAAUGGCAUUAAUAGAAUCUGGAGGCAUCCUUUAACCACGCAAAGCUAGCAAUAUUUUCCUUUAACAUGCAAUUCACUGUUUAUCUUUAAAAGGGCACAAUAGGCACCCAGACUUCAUCUCAAUGAGUGCAGUGUCCCUGGCAUCUUAGCCUUGCACUCUAAAACAUUGCCGUGUAGUCGAUGCAUCAUUAAUUCUUUCUUCCUACCAUUAAUAAUAUGCAAGACGAGUGGCCCAUCAUGUUUCACUCUCAGUAGCUCACCUGUCCCAUAUGUAAAUAAAGCAAGAGUGUGAUUCCUGUCAUCAACGUGUGUGUUUUGGUGCUGAACUGAGAUUGAAAUUAUCCAAGCUCGGACUAUAGUGGAGGUGGAUAUUUUUUCCAAAUUGGCUAUAUUUGCCUAAACUUUGCUGUUUGGAUUUUAGUGAAUCCACCUUUAUGUUUAGCAUGCUCCAUUUUAGCGUUAAUGCUUAAUGAAUCUUGGGAUGCAGUUUAUCUGAAUGUUCUUUAACAAUUCUUUUUUUUUUUUUCUUAGAUUUGUUAUCUCCAUUUUGCCAGUGGCUCCCAGAAGCCAUCCAUGAAGAAGUUUUGCAAGCUUGGCCACCAGUGGCAACGUGAACACUGAAUGUAAAAUGUGCCUUAUAGACUUUGACUGGGACAAAAUGUAGAUUGACUGGGUGUCCAACCCAUCAUUAUAUGAAAAUCUCUACAGUGGCAUUUUUUGACACUGUACUCUUUAACACUUUUUUUUUAACUUAGCCAUACAUUGGAACAAUGUAAAAUACAAUCAUACAAACAUGUGAGAUGGUUACUUUGCACACACAGAUGUUAUGUACUAAACAUUGUAUUAUAUGUACAUAAUGGAUACAAAUAAAAAUGUGAAGUUGUGAAUGCUUGAUCACCUUGCAUGCCUGUAUACUUUGCAUCCUGCAGGAAGCUACUGUUCCUUUUUUCUCGUGAUUGAACUCGGUCGGAAGUAAGAAAAUCAGUGUGCAUUGCUACCAAAAAUAUGCCCCUCUGGCAGUCAUAAGAUAAUGACUAAUGUACAAAGCGAAAAUCAAGCAGGAACUAAGCCAGCAGCAGGGAGUACAGUACAACAGGGAUAGGAUACAGCCAUGUAAUUAUACUGCAUAUGAGGAAUUAGACUACUUGGUACUAGACAAAAACAUAAGCAAUAGUUUGUAUAAAAAAAAAGUCACCAUACAAAGACUGUACUAUUUGUACCCAGCUAUAUUUCCUUCAUUGAAGGGUCUUUGUCAAGCUUGCUCGCCGUAUAAAUGCAUUUCUUAUUUGCGUGAAGCGAGGUAAGUACUUGAGAUGUAGUAUUUCUUUCCUUUUGUUCCAUAUAGUCAUAUCCG